AUGAAUCCAGAAUACGACUACCUCUUCAAGCUUCUCCUUAUCGGAGACUCCGGUGUUGGAAAGUCCUGUCUACUGUUGCGGUUCGCUGAUGACACAUACACGGAGAGCUAUAUCUCAACUAUCGGUGUUGACUUCAAAAUCCGAACAAUCGAGUUGGAUGGCAAGACGGUGAAGCUGCAGAUCUGGGAUACGGCUGGACAAGAACGCUUCCGAACUAUUACAUCUUCCUACUACCGGGGCGCUCACGGCAUCUGCGUUGUCUACGAUGUUACAGAUAUGGACUCAUUCAACAACGUUAAGCAAUGGCUUCAGGAAAUCGACCGCUAUGCCACAGAAGGUGUCAACAAGUUGCUCGUAGGCAACAAGAGUGAUAUGUCAGACAAGAAAGUUGUGGAAUACACCGUUGCGAAGGAAUUUGCUGACAGCCUCGGUAUCCCGUUCCUCGAGACCUCGGCCAAGAAUGCCAGCAACGUCGAACAAGCUUUCCUUACAAUGGCCCGUCAAAUCAAGGAGAGAAUGGGGACCACCACCGCCAACAACAAGCCAACUGUUCAAGUCGGACAAGGCCAAGGUGUGCAAUCAGGUUCGGCUGGUGGAUGCUGUUAG